CACAGCUGUGCUCAUCCCUUCCCUGAGCAGAGUGUUGGUGCUGCCCACAGUGUUGCCAGGCAUCCCUGGAAGAGGAGGUGCAUUAAAUUUGGAGGAGCAAGCCAGGGGAGAGUGAAGAAGUUGGCCUCAGUGUGUGGUGUGUGCCUGUGUCUCACUGUUUGCCUUGUGCUCUUACGGAACCUUUUGCCAGAUUUUGGAGCUCAUCUGAAAUCCAUUAAACCCCUGGAGAAGAAGGAUCGCCUGUAAUCUGGCUGCGUUGGCGCUCCACUGAGGGUUCCUAUUUGCUGUCAAAAGGUAUAUACAUGUAGCGGCAGCUCCUCCAAGAGACUGUUUUCUGUCUCCUCAAGUCCAAAUAUUUUCCAAGCUCCAGAGGGCAGGACUGCAGAGAGAGAGAGAGAGAGAGAUCAAGACGCUUGAAGGCUGUGCUUUCUCCAUAAUAACUUGGGGCUAAAAGUGAUCAGUGUGGCGACUGUUGUCGAAGGGAGAGACUUGAAACAGAACAUCGGCCCUAUCGUUCCUCUCGGCGUGCGCACGGGAGGUUUCAAGGACAAGUGAGCAGCGUUCACACAAAUACAGGAAACACCUGAAGGUUUUCCAAGGUUCCAGCCACAGGAAAUACAGCUCCAAACAACAGACACACUUUGACACUGAUAUAUAUAUAUAUAUAUAUAUAUAUAUAUAUAUUUAUUUAGUAAGAAGCUCCCUAUCGUCCUGUCAGUCAGUCAACAUGUCCCGCUGGGGAAGAAAAGAUGUGAAGAAGGCGCCUGAGGUGAUCCGCACCGUGACAGAAGGGCUCAAGUCCUUGUAUUGCAAGAAGCUGCUGCCUCUGGAGGAGUACUAUGGUUUCCAUGACUUCCACUCUCUCAGUCUGGAGGACGCGGACUUCGAUAACAAGCCUAUGGUGCUGGUGGUGGGACAGUACUCCACUGGAAAGACAACGUUCAUCAAGUAUCUACUGGAGCAGGAUAUUCCUGGGAGCAGGGUGGGACCCGAACCCACCACCGACUGCUUCACUGCCAUCAUGCACGGGGAGGUGGAGGGAGUCAUCCCCGGGAACGCCCUCAUCGUAGACCCCAACAAGCCUUUCCGCAAACUCAACCCUUUCGGAAACACCUUUCUCAACAGGUUCCAGUGCGCCCAGAUGCCCAACCAGGUCUUGGAGAGUAUCAGCAUCAUCGACACGCCGGGGAUCCUGUCCGGGGCCAAGCAGAGAGUGAGCAGAGGUGAGAGACGCAACAAAGGCUACGACUUCCCGGCGGUGCUGCGCUGGUUUGCCGAGCGCGUGGACCGCAUCAUCCUGCUGUUUGACGCCCACAAACUGGAGAUCUCGGACGAGUUCUCCGAGGCCAUCGGCGCCCUGAAAGGCAACGAGGACAAGCUGCGCGUGGUGCUCAACAAGGCCGACAUGGUGGGCACCCAGCAGCUGAUGAGGGUGUACGGCGCACUCAUGUGGUCCCUGGGGAAGGUGUUUGGCACCCCGGAGGUUCUGCGCGUCUACAUCGGCUCCUUCUGGUCCGAGCCGCUGAUGGUGGCCGACAACCGGAAGCUGUUUGAGCUGGAGGAGGAGGAUCUGUUCGCCGACAUCCAAAACCUCCCUCGCAACGCAGCUUUACGCAAGCUCAAUGACCUGGUCAAGAGGGCGCGUCUGGUCAGGGUCCAUGCCCACAUCAUCAGCUAUCUGAAGCAGGAGAUGCCUUCUGUCUUCAGGAAGGACAACAAAAAGAAGAAUCUGAUCUACCAGCUGCCAGUGAUUUUCUCGAAGAUCCAGCUGCAGCACAACAUUUCUCCCGGAGACUUCCCAGACUGUGCCAAGAUGCAGGAGCAAUUGAUGGUUCACGACUUCUCCAAGUUCAAAACCUUGAAGCCUAACCUGAUGACGGCCUUGGACGAGUUGCUCUCCGCGGACAUCUCCAAGCUGAUGCCCCUGCUGCGGCAGGAGGAGCUGGAGGCGGGCGAGCAGCUGGGCGUGCAGGGCGGGGCCUUCAUCGGGACCCGCGCCGGGCCGUUCGGGGAGGGCGACCCCUUCACCCUGGAGAACGGAGAGGGAUGCGAGGAGGAGGAAGACUGGGUGGUGACCAAAGACAAGCCCAAGUAUGACGAGAUCUUCUACAACCUGGCUCCCAGCGAGGGGAAGCUGAGCGGCAACAAGGCCAAGGACUGGAUGGAGAGCUCCCGCCUGCCCAACUCGGUCCUGGGUCGCAUCUGGAAGCUGUCCGACGUGGACCACGACGGCAUGCUGGAUGAUGAAGAGUUUGCCCUGGCCAGCCACCUGAUCGAGGUGAAGCUGGAGGGCCACGGCCUGCCCCCGGAGCUUCCCACGCGCCUGAUCCCGCCCUCCAAACGCAGGCAGAAGGGUUCGGAUGCGUAGACAUGACCCAAGUCCCUGGAGUUGAGAGAGACUCUUCUCUAUGGGCUGUGCCAGCGUUCGUAUUUGCUCUUGUCUUCUCCCCCAGACCCCCC